GCUGAUCUUUGUUGGAGCGAUACCAGGUUCAAAAUCGCCCACUUCAAGUGAACUCGACGAAGACUCUUCAAGUCCAGAGGCUGCCUUUCCUAGAUUUCAUCCUGAGUCUCGAUCUUCAAGUCCAGAGGCUGCCUUUCCUAUAUUUCAUCCUGAGUCUAGAUCUUCAUAUAACUCUGAUAUCGUUCAGAACGUGCCUAAACCUGAUUUUGCAAAGAAUUCAUCACAAGUUGAGUCAGAUGACUCUUCAGACUUACCAUUUUGCUUGAGCCAGAAUACAGUACCACUGUCCCAAGAUGGAUCCACAAUUUAUAUAGAAGGUCUAGAUGAAACUCUGCCUAAAAUAAAACAUUCUGAUAUUUCUAAAGUAAACACUGUUAAUCCACAAAAGCCAAAGAUCAACAAAAGUGUUUCUGAAAUAGAUCCUUGUGCUUCAUGGUCUUUAAUUCAUUAUUCUUCAGCAACAUCAUCUUAUGUCAUGUGGUCAAAAGGUACACAUACCGUAUCAACUGCCAAUAAAACUGGAACAUUUUUUGUAAGAGCUUGUCCGAAGUGCAAUGUUCAGUUCAAUCUUUUGGAUCCUUUGAAAUACCACAUGAAGGUUUGUUGCCCAGACAUGGUAGAUACAUUUAUGGAAAUGAUUAAAAUAGAGCUUUCAAGCUUUGAAAAUAAAAAUAUGACUGGUGCAGAGAAAGGAAAACUGAUUAUGUUAGUUAGUGACUUUUACUAUGGAAGACAUGAAGGAGGUUUUGAUGAUGAGGAGAAGACUUACACAACCUUUAAAUGCUUCAGUUGCUUGAAAGUUCUUAAAAAUAAUAUUAGGUUUAUGAACCACAUGAAGCAUCACUUGGAACUUGAGAAGCAGAACACUGAGAGUUGGGAAAACCACACCACCUGCCAGCACUGCUACCGUCAAUACCCGACGCCAUUCCAGCUGCAGUGCCACAUUGAGAGCACACACACUCCCCUUGAGUUUUCCACUAUUUGUAAAAUCUGUGAAUUAUCAUUUGAAACUGAACAUAUUCUUCUGCAACAUAUGAAGGACACUCAUAAACCUGGUGAAAUGCCAUAUAUUUGCCAGGUUUGCCAGUAUAGAUCAUCAUCAUUUUCUGAUGUAGAAGCUCAUUUUAGAGCAUCCCAUGAAAAUACUAAGAACUUGCUAUGUCCAUUUUGCCUCAAAGUUAGUAGGAUGGCAACUCCCUACAUGAAUCAUUACAUGAAGCAUCAGAAGAAAGGAAUUCAUCGUUGUACACAGUGCAGACUACAAUUUUUGACCUACAAGGAGAAACUGGUUCACAAGCUCGAACAUCGGACAUUUAUAAAGCCUAAAGAGCUAGAGGGAUUGCCUCCUGGGACAAAAGUCACUAUCCGAGCUUCAGUUGGAUCUCUUCAUUCAGGACCGUCAACUUCCAAGAGUAUUCUGUCUUCCAGUAGUUCUGCAAGCACUUCUCUGCAGGUCUCACCUUCAAAGUCUAAAACUACAACUACUGGAAGUUCUCCAAGAUCUAAUGCAAGUGAAUAUAAGACAAGAAAGUUUCGUGCAACUACAUCCACUAGAAGUAAACCUAGUACCAGUAAGCAAGGUAGAGGUGCAGCUAAAUGCAGAGCAAAAACCUCUUACAAGCCAAAGAAAAAGCGCAACAGGAAGAGUAAAAUCAGCAUAGCUUUGAAGAACUUACGGUGUCGUCGGGGAAUAUACACGUGCAUUGAAUGUCAUACCAAAAUAAAAGAUUUUGCAAGCCACUUUUCAUUAUUUGUGCACUGUAAUUUUUGCAAAUACAGCACUAACUGUAACAAAGCCUUUGUAAACCAUAUGCUGAGCUUUCAUACCAGCCAGCCAGCUAAACGGUUUUGCAUUUUUAAGAGGCUUUCUAGAACUCUCAGGGGCAUUACUCUAGUGUGCCUUAAAUGUGAUUUCCUGGUUGAUUCUUCGGCUCUGGAUCUUAUGGCUAAGCACUUAAGUCAACGUAAAACUCACACUUGCCAAGUUAUAAUAGAGAAUGUUCCUGAAAGUACCUCAGCUUUUGAACCCACUUCUGCCCUCUUGUUGAAAUAGAUUCCUGCUCUAUGGAGCUCGUGCAACCUGGUGCAAGACAAAUUGGAAUUUCCUAAGUUCAAAGUUCUGAAGUGUUUUCUUACACAAAGGCAGUUUCCUAAGUUCAAAGUUCUGAAGUGUUUUCUCAUACAAAAGUGAUUAAACAGCCAAGUUUAUGACACUAGUUCUCGUUAUUCAGUUCUUUUCAGCUGUCGGAUGGCACUAGAAUCUUACUCCACCUUAUCUUUAUGUCAGGUUAACAUACCUUAAUAUAAGCUUUUUUCCUGUUGGCUCUCUUCAGAAAUAACUUUUGUUGCUAUGGUCUUUUCUUGCUUUGCUUAAAAUAAUUCGUGUUUUUCUCCGCUAUACUUGCUUUCAGAAUACUGCAUUCCAAAUGAUGUGACUGUUCAUCUUUCUUGUCUGUUUUGUCUGGUUUCUUAGUUUCUUAGGAAAUUACAUUUUUAGGUCAGAUAGUUAUCUUUUUCUUCAUUCCUUGUCUGUCAUUGUUCUAUUUUUCAUAUUUUUCAGAUGCAGAAGCAACACAGAAAUUUCAAAUUAAGUCCAGGGUAUUCCUGGUCCGUGUCCCCCUUCGAUGGACACGUCUGAUGCCUGUCCUCUCUUUCCAAGGAAUGUGAAUUAUUUGACUGUGAGACCUCCUCUAGAUUUUGGCCUUAAGAAAUCAAAUCUUAGGGAGAGUCCCUUCCUUCAUGACUGGCCUCCUAUAAGACUGAUGCUAAUUUGGCCAGAGAUGACCUCAAGGCCCACCAAAUAGAGCACAACUUUCUACUGGGGGCUUUGGUUCUUGAUCUUAAGCUCAUGGGUCGAUUCUAACCAAGAAAAGCCCAUCAGAUCAAUGCUUCAACAUCCAAGUUGAGGUUGGAUCAUUCUGGCUGCUGCCCUUUUAUCUUCCUCAGUGUGCAUGCAGUCCAGGGAAUAUAAAAACUGGUUAUAUAGGGAACCAAGGUUACUUUUACUUUCAUGUUCUUGAAGUUUCUGAAGUUAACAGUUCCAAAAUCAGUUAGUUCUACUGUUGUUUAAAGUUUUUUCCAGUAUUAGAUGCAUUCAGCAAUACUACUAUUCAAUUUUUUUAUUUUUUUACUCUAUAAUUUAAUUUUGUUAUCUUUGUUUUAUGUUGUCUUUGCCAAAUUUAUUAAUGUCUGUUUUGUUAUAUCCUCUUUUCUUUCUUCUCUUUAAAACUUGUUUUGUGUUCAUUUUCUUUCGUUAAUAACUAAAAAAAAAAUCCUUUGAAUUCCCUACAAAUUUUAUGUAGCUACCUAUUGGCAGCUUCUUAAUUUGGUAAUUAUUCAGACCACUAGACGUUAUUACAUCCACUGCCUAUCUUGGAUCUAUCGUUAUCUUAGUGAUUGUGGGUUCAAAGGCAUGAAGAAUUGGCAAAGAACACUUCUACAGACCUUAAAACGAGUUUUAACAUUGCAUUUCUGUACAUCUAAUGCAUACUAUCUUAGCCAUUAGUGUAAUUCCUUUGGAUAAAGAUAAUAUAUUCAGAAAAUAUUGGGACCAAAAAAUGCACUUGUUUCUUGCCCAUAUAUAUAUAUAUAGAUGUAUAUUUUUUAAUUUGGUGUUUGUUUAUUUUGGUUACAUUGAAUAUAGAUUUGCUG